CGUUUCCGGGACCAUCUGGAAACCAUCUCGUUCUUCCCCCACACACAAAUUGGCUUCCGUUCUCACGUAUCCACACAAGACCUCUUUCUCCUUCUUCAACACACUUUUCUUUCCCCACCAUCUGCUCAAGUCCACGCCCUUGUCACUGUAGACGUUCGUAAAGCAUUUGAUUGCAUCGGCCACGAUCACAUACUCGCCUCAGUCCGAGAAACAGGCUGCGGACACAGGCUUUACACUUACAUCCGGAACUUCCUUAAAGACCGCACAGCCAGUUUUUGUAUUGAGGCUGAGACGUCCCCACCGAUCACGCUCACACGCGGCACCCCACAAGGGGCGGUGCUGUCUCCUACUCUAUUUAAUCUCGGCAUGGCCCAGCUGGCCUAUCGCCUCCAACAAGUCCCCCAACUCUCACACAUCUUCUACGCGGACGACCUCACCCUCUGGUGCACUCACGGGUCACCAGGGGAAGUGGAAUCGACUCUGCAGCAGGGACUGGACAUUAUAGCUGAAUAUCUUGAACAAGCAGGCCUUGAACCUGCCCCAGAAAAAUCGGAACUGCUUCUUCUAUCCCAUACUCAAUAUCAGCGAUCUGUUAACCAGCACAUAUCCUUACACAUCGGUCAGCAUCCCAUCCCGAAAGUCUCUACAUGUAAAAUUCUGGGCAUGCAUUUACGGGAAAGAUCACAUCAAGCCAACGUCGUUUCAGUCGUAAACACAUGCCACUCGGUUACCUCCCUGGUACGCAGAGUGGUCAAAAAGCACGCGGGUCUCCACGAGAAGCAGGUGAACCUCUCGAACGAGAGCUUCCAGAGGGUCGAGGGCGUCGACGGGGUCUGGGACGCCACGGUACCUCCUUCGGGCAGUCGGAGGCGCCACUACCACGUCAAGCACAAGAUCGGAGGCGUUCCCUUCAGCCAGGGACAGAGGUCGUCAUCCAGGCCACGACAGCCGCUCAUUGUGCGAGAGGUCACACAGGUGGUGGAUGACGAUGGGCCCCAGGUGCCGGUGGGCUACACAGGCACGCGUAUGGACUGGACCCUCAACCCGGACGGGACGCUGCAGGUGGUGGUGGGGCCGCCGCUCUCACAGUUGCAGGAGAAAGAGCUCAAGAAAAUGCGCGAGAAUCGCCAGAAAGCCUCGCAGGCCAAGCUGGAAACAGGCAGGCUCGAGGACACCAAGAAGUAG